UGCAGGUCCACGGACACGGAGGCAUGGACGCACGCUGAUCACCCGGAGCUCACUUUUGUUUUUUGUUUUUGGGCGACAACAUCAGCAGGAUUUCUCGCAUGUUUUUGUUUUCUUUUUCUAUUUCCUCCUCUCAUGUGUGUGUCCGAGUUGUGUGCUUUCCCACCAACACACACACACACACACACAAGCUGAAGAAUGCUUUUAUCGUUGCCUUUGUCUGAUGUGAGACUUGAUUAAAAAAAAAAAAAAAAAAGAUCCCAGAGAACUGCAGAGGCUGAUUUCCAGGGCUGGAGCCCAACUUUUUGUCCGGGGCAGCAGGGAUGUCUUCGGCUCGGGUGGAUUACAUUGCGCCCUGGUGGACUUACUGGCUGCACAAUUUCCCUCACAUCAACCUGAGGUUUCAGCCCUCUGACAACAGCUUCCAGCCCGAGGACGAGAACUACCAGCAGUCCCUCAUCUUCCUGGGCUGCGUGGCGGCGGCGGGACUCGGCCUCAACCUCCUGUGUCUCGCCAUCUACCUGAGCUGCCUGUGCUGCUGCCGCAAAGACGACGAGGAGGAGAGCAAGAAGCCCAACUCCUGCUGCGUCACCUGGUCGGCCGUCGCCGCCGGCCUCAUCACAUGCGUCGCAGUGGGUGUCGGUUUCUACGGCAACAGCGAGACCAAUGACGGCGUCUACCAGCUGACCUACUCCCUGUACAACGCCAAUCACACGCUGGGCGGCGUGGACAGUCUGGUGACGGGCACCAUGGGCAGCAUGAAGAGCGGCCUGCACCAGCACCUGGCCAGGCUGGACGAGAUCUUCGCCACGCGGGGCGACUACGUGCAGACGCUGCAGUUCAUGCAGCAGAUGGCCGACAACGUGAUCAAACAGCUGCUGGGCCUGCCCGACUGGGCAGAGGCCAAAGUGGACCUGGCGUCCGUGGCCGAUCAGACGGCCAACAUCGAGUACUACAGGUGGUUCACCUACCUGCUGCUCCUCAUCCUGGACCUGAUCAUCUGCCUGCUGGCCUGUCUGGGGCUGGCCAAGCAGUCCCGCUGGCUGCUCACCACGAUGAUGGUGUUCGGAGUGCUGACGCUGGUCCUGAGCUGGACGUCGCUGGGAGCCGACCUGGCCACCGCCGUGGGAACGAGUGAUUUCUGCGUGUCCCCCGACAAGUACGUCAUGAGUCAGACGAAGGGCAUCAUCGGCGCUGAUAUUGUCCAUUACUACAUUUACUGCAACCAGACCCUCUCCAACCCCUUCCAGCAGCCUCUGACCAUCUUCCAGAGGUCCCUGACCACCAUGCAGAUCCAGAUCCAGGGUCUGCUGCAGUUCGCCGUGCCUCUGUUCCCCACAGCUGAGAGAGAUCUACUGGGCAUCCAGCAUUUGCUCAACUCCUCGGAGGCCAGUCUGCACCAGCUGACCGCCCUGCUGGACUGCAGGGGGCUCAACAAGGACUACCUGGAUGCCAUGGUGGGGGUGUGCUACGACGGGGUGGAGGGUGUGCUGUACCUCUGCCUCUUCUCCAUCCUGGCAGCCUGUGCCUUCACUGUCAUGCUGUGUGCCAUUCCCAGGGCAUGGAGACAAAUUGCCUGCAGGGAACGAGAUUACGACGACAUCGACGAGGAGGACCCGUUCAACCCGCGGGCGAGGAGGAUAGGCUCCCAGAACCCCAACCACACCAACAUGCACAGCUUCUGCAGCUACAGCAGCAGCAUGGGCAGCCAGAGCAGCCUGCACCCGCCCGCCCCGGCCGUCUCCAACGCGCCCAUGUCCGAGUACAUGAACCAGACGGCUCUUUUCGGGGGAAACCCGAGGUACGAGAACGUGCCUCUGAUAGGACGAGGCUCUCCGCCGCCCUCGUACUCCCCCAGUAUGAGGGCCACCUAUCUGUCCAUGACCGAGGAACAGAGUAGACACUUUGGAAACGACUUCCAAGCAUAGACUUCUGUAUUUGCCCGCGGAGGGAAGCGGCGUCAGCGGGACGGGAGGCUGCUGCAGAGGACAGCGUGUGCAGCAUCAGGACAAUGGAACAACAUCUGGACCGUUGUGUUUCGAGCUCACUGAUGAUUUUUUUUUUUUUUUUUUUUCCCUUUGAGCUAAAAACAUUUCUGAACCUAACCUGCUCUUAAUCUGUCGUGUUCCUUCGAUACCUGACCUGUUGAAAGUGUUUCCCAAUGAAAAAAACAAAGAAAAUACAAAAAAAACAUUCAGAUUAAUUGAGAUUUUUCUGCCUUCUGAGCUUUGAGAUGGAGGCGUGUGUGUUACUUUUGUUAACUUAGAUCCAGGUCUUCAAAGAGUAAAAUGUGAAAAAAAACAACCCACGAGCUGUGUCAACAUGAUAUUUUCUAUGUCUCAUGCUUCAUGCUUGAUAUUUGUGAAGCACAAACCCAGCACACUGGCAGCACACAGCAGGAGGUGAUGGUGCCGUAUAAUUUAUUUACAUUCACACACACACAAGUGAAGCUUUCUGAAGCUCCAGAGACGACCCCGAGACCACGGCUUCUGUAAAUAAGGUGUACGAUAACAGUCUUAUUCUCUAUAUUUGAUUUUGUUUAAACAGUGUGCCAUUUUUUUUAUAUAUAUGUUUUCUAGUUUUCUGUGGCCAUGUCACAUAGGAUCACUAUUUUUUUUUUUUUGUAUUUUCUAAAGGGCCAUAACUUAACAUUCUCUGUCGCAUAUCUAAUGCAACUAAUACGGUGAAGUUGUCAUUUCCUGCUACGACUUGGGAAGCUGCUCUAACGAUGAUUAACGAGAAACAUUCAGGUAAUUAUUUUGUCAUGGAACCCGACCAUCCGAACCAACAGCACACGUUUGUACCGACUAACGACGACUUUGCGUAGGGGUUUAAUACAUGCGGUGUCAUUUCUUAGGACUGUUGUUGUCGUUUCUUUCAGCAUGUUACACUGUACAGGCACUGCGAGUGGUGCUUAAUUUUGUGUGUGUGACUCCAAACUUCAGGGUCUAAGUGUGAGUUGAAUAAACCAGCUUUGAGUACAAAA